ACCAUAAAUGAAAGUAAAUAGUCGUUUACAAACUGUCGAAGACUGAGGAAGCGUUUAAUAAACUGGUUUUAUUUUUUUUAUUGGACGUUAUCGCCGUUUGCAAUUAAAAAUUAAUGUAGUGUGAAGCCCAAGAGGAUGUACAAAGAGAAAGUCACCAGUUAUCCCAUAAGUGUAUUUCACCUGUCCUCAUCACCUAAUUGCUGAAGACCCAACUUUAUGACUAGCAACACAAUGGCUUUGAAGACUGAAAAUAAAAAAUACGAGUUCGUGGUCAAGAAUUUAUUGGCUGGGGGUAUUGCUGGUAUGAUAUCAAAGACGACCGUCGCUCCUUUAGAUCGAAUAAAAAUUCUUCUGCAAGCUCAUAAUAGACAUCAUGAGAGUCACGGGGUGUUUUCUGGUUUGCGCCACAUAAUUAAAACUGAAUCUCCAUGGGCCAUGUACAAGGGUAAUGGGGCACAAAUGGUGCGCAUUUUUCCAUAUGCAGCUACGCAAUUUACUUCAUUUGAAUUGUACAAGAGAUAUCUGGAUGGUGUUUUUGGGGCUACUUCGCACAUUGACAAGUUUAUUGCGGGGGCUGGAGCCGGACUUACAGCCGUUACCUUGACCUACCCGCUGGACACCAUUAGAGCUCGUUUGGCUUUCCAGAUCAGCGGCGAGCACGUGUACACGGGGAUCGCCCAUGCCGCCGUCACCAUCUUCAAGGAAGAAGGCGGCACUCGAGCGCUUUAUCGUGGCUUCAUCCCCACCCUCAUGGGGAUGGUGCCCUACGCAGGUCUCUCCUUCUACUGCUUCGAGUACUUGAAGUACGGCUGCAUGAAGUACCUGCCGAACCUGACAUGCAACCCUUGCGAGAAAAACACGGGCGGCUUGGUCUUGAUUCUUCCGGCGAAGCUGAUCUGCGGGGGGCUGUCGGGAGCUGUGGCCCAAAGCGUGAGUUACCCUCUUGAUGUGACGAGGAGGAGGAUGCAGUUGGCGCUGAUGAACCCGCAGACGCAGAAAUUUGCGGAGGGAAUGUUCAGUACGCUGAAGCUGAUUUAUAAUGAGAAUGGGGUUUUUAAGGGGUUGUAUAGGGGGAUGUCCAUUAAUUAUUUGAGGGCGAUACCGAUGGUUGCGGUGUCGUUUACCACGUAUGAAACGUGUAAACAGAUUUUGAAUUUGGAUACGGGGUUGCAGGUUAAGUAAAAAGGGUGGGGUAGUUAUGACAAUCUCAAAUUUGACUGAGGGUAGAAAAAGACCUUGAGGUUUUACAAUUUGGUCUAUUUGGGGAAACUGAUAGUUUAAAAGACAUUCCAAGGCUAUUAUUUAUUCUCUAGUAUUAUUUUAGGGGCUCGUGUGAUGCACGAUUCUCGGAUUUUUAGAUGCACGUAUUUUCGUAUGUAAGGGCAAACAUAUUUAUUUACAGUGGUAAAUCUCUCUUUUAGUUGAAAUUUUAUAAAAAAAUUGUAGUAAAUUAUUAUUGUAUAUUUAUUUUCAAGUUACCUCAAUUAGGAAAAUAUUACAGUACAAAAAAAAAUGUAAUUAUUUGUGAAUAAAGACUUAAUUCUUA